UGGAGAGGGUGGAAUUGUAGAGGACACCAAAGAGGAAUUUCUUCCCCAGAGGAGAGUUUGUCCCAACAACCAUGUGAUGAGAUUCAAACGGUCUUGGUGUAGACUUGAGUAGUUCACCAUAUUCCUUUCCAAAAUUAUAUGGAAAUUCUUCUGAAAACAAACUCUGUGUCUUAGAAAGGAAAGGUCUUUUAAAGAAACAUGGUGAAUUACUACAAAGUACUAGGAGUGCCUCAAAAUGCUUCCCCGUCUGAUAUUAAGAAGGCUUACCACCAGUUAGCUCUUCAGGUACAUCCAGACAAGAACCCAAAAAACAGGGAGGAAGCUGAAGAGAAAUUCAAACAAGUAGCAGAAGCCUAUGCGGUCUUGUCUGAUGCCAAGAAACGCAACAACUAUGACAAGUCCAGAGGAAACCUCAUCAAAAUGGAAGAUAAAGGGGACUUCAGCAGGGACAAAAACUGUUUGAAAGAGGAACCAGGGUUUGAGAGGCCACACUGUGGCUUUCAAAAUGUCUUUGAAGACAAAGACCACUUCUCAUGGGACUAUUUUUCCACUGGUCAUAUGGGUAGGGCCAGAAGAUUCCACUCCUCUUUCUUUGAUGUGAUCCCCAUACUGGACACAGGAUUUUCCACGUUUGUAUCCCUGGGCUCCAGAACAAGUCCCCCUUCCUCUGAAACAUUUUUACCCUUUGUAAGCAGUGGAAUGAGAAACUUCAGACUGGUCACCACUUGUAGCCAGAUAGUGAAUGGCAAGAGAGUUGUUACAAAGAAAGUUCUAGAAAAUGUGAGGGGGAAGACCGAAGUGGAAAAAGAAAACCUAUUUCAUCAGAUUCCUCCACGUCAUUGAAAUACAUCAGCCUGCUGCCAAUGGGGAACACGCGGGAAAAAGAAGAUUGAGGUGAAGUUCUCUGUUUGCCUUUUAUAAGUUACCUAAAAGGCAAGACAAGGAAAGCAGACAGACGGGGUUAGAGUACGUAUACCUAGACUCUGCAACCAGGAGCUGGAGGAGGAGUAAGCAACUAAUGAAUACCACCAACAGUGUGUUGGGAAGGACAUUACAACAGCUCUAUGAAGCAUAUGCCUCCGAGAAUAACAACACAGCCUAUCUAAUAUACAAUGAUGGAGUCCCUACAUCUGUGAAUUACAGCAGAAAGUAUGGACACACUAAAGGUUUACUGCUGUGGAACAGAGUGCAGGGAUUUUGGCUGAUUCAUUCUAUUCCCAGAUUUCCUCCAGCUCCUGAAGAAGGCUAUGAUUAUCCACCCACAGGGAGGAGACAUGGACAAUCUGGCAUCUGCAUAACUUUUAAGUACAACCAGUAUGAAGCAAUAGAUUCUCAGCUCUUGGUCUGUAACCCAAACAUUUAUAGCUGUUCCAUCCCAGCCAUCUUUCACCAGGAGCUCGUUCAUAUGCCCCAGCUGUGCUCCAGAUCCAGCUCAUCAGAGAUCCCUGACCGGCACCUCACUGCACUUCAGUCAGCCCGGGGCCAAAAAUUCCUCCAUUUUGCAAAGUCUGGUUCUUUUCUUGACGACAUCUUUGCAGCCUGGAUGGCUCAACAGUUGAAGACACAUUUGCUAACAGAAACCUGGCAGCGAAAGAGACAAGAGCUUCCUUCAAACUGCUCCCUUCCUUACCAUGUCUACAAUGUCAAAGCAAUUAAGAUAUCUGGACACUCUUAUUUCAGUUCUUACCAGGAUCAUGCCAAAUGGUGUGUUUCCCAAAAGAGGACCAAAAAUCGCUGGACCUGCAUUGGAGACCUAAAUCGGAGCCCAUACCAAGCCUUCAGAAAUGGAGGAUUCAUUUGUACCCAGAAUCAGCAUAUUUACCAUGCAUUUCAAGGACUGGUUUUGUAUUAUGAGAACUGUAACUAAACUUGGUGAAAGGACAUACGUACCAUUAUUUUCAGCACUGACAAUGGGUCUUCUUCCAUUAGAUCCAUUCUUUAUAUACUAAAAGCCUUUGAAUAUACUUAUAGUCACAAAUCAUCAAAUAAAAUGCUUUUCUAC